AUUUAUUAUUUUUCCAUGCGGUUCUGUUUGGGCGCCAGAGAUGGGAAUUCCGAGUAUCAGCCGCGAUUUCCAGCCGUUGGAUAUUUUAGCGUCGUCGUGUCCUGGGCCACGAUGUGACGAGGUCCUCUUAAGAAAGUGAGUUUUAACUUUUGUUCCUGUACUUGAAGUUGCCCACACUUCUCGGAACAGGCAUGCUGCUUCUUCUUUACUACCUCGUGGCGUCCGCCCUACUCCAGGUACAGCAUGUUGCCGCACUUCCCCAGGGUCUUGCGCUAUCCGAGACUUCCAGCGAACCAUCGGCGACACCAUUAGCCACGGCCCUCGCAGAUGGAAACCGAACCUGCGACUUUGACAAGAUCGACGACUUCUUCAGCUAUGCCAACAAGAAUGGCCUCAACAUCACCGUCGAGGUUCAACACUGUCAGAACUUGUGCCUGCUCACAUACGGCACGGGGAACCCUGAUCUUUCAGGCAUCGGCAUGAUGGUCGCAUACACGCUUCAAACCACCUUCACCAUCCUCCUCGGCCCCGUCUACCGCGUCCUUUACCUCACGUGCGGCCCAGUAAGCAGCUUCGUUCGUGACCUAAAAGACAUCCAGAUGAACUUUUUCUCCUCGAAUGGCUUUUUCAUCGGCUCUUCUGCCCUCGCAACGCUCGCGAACCUGUCGCAAAACCCACCCACCUUUGAAAUUGCCGAAAUGCAAGCCAUGGCCUUUCUACAGGUCAACAGCAUCCUCGUCACCUUCUUCUGCAUGGUUAUCGCGCAGCCAAUGUCCCGCUGGGCCGCGCGCGUCUUCCUCUACUUCGUCGUGUUCGUCCUCGUAAUCGUCGCGCUGGGCCUGGCCCACCUAAACGGCGAUAGCAAGCGCGACUGGCGCCUCGCCUCGGACGGCUGCGCCCACAGCUCAACGGACUAUGACGUGAUCAACCCAAUCCCAUAUCCCUCGUGGACUGUUGCCAUCUUUGCGGUAGUAGGCACAGUCGCAUUCUGGCUUCAGAGCCUGAGAGAGAAAUUCCAGGCGGACAAACUGCACAAAUCCGCGUUCCGCGUCCUCAUGGCCUUCUGGGUCCUGCUCAUCGGCCUCCUCGUUGCCGGAAUGAUUGUCGGUCUCGAGAUGAUGUGGCGCCAGCGCCGACACCUGAAGAGUCUGGCGCGCGACCAGUUCGAGGAUGACCAGUGGGGGUUCGGGCAGAUUGCCGCGUUAACGAUUUGGGCGCCGAUUGUCGUCGAGUUUAUCUAUAUUCUAAAUGACCUCGCGCAAGAGAAAUCGAGACGGUGGGGUCGGGGGAAUCAUAGACUUAGCGUUAUGCUGUCGCCGAAGAUCUUGCAGGAUGAACAGCCUGUGCCUAGCCAGGCGUCCGAGUCGCAAACGGAGAUGAAGGAGCAGGGGGGGAGUCGGAGCAUUGUUGAGGUUUCUGGUGCUCCGUAACGAGGCAUGUUAAUCUCGGUCCACGGUGCGUUAGUGGUCUGUUUUCCUUGCGAGUCGCCAGCCAAAUCCUGGACUGGAAUUUUCAGGCAGUCGAAAGUUUGACUUGCGAUUCAGGGACUUCUCUCAUGAUGGCGCGAGGUGUCUGUAAUGAUUGACCAGAGAUAGUAUUCGUUGUUAUAUCCCAAAUACUUUAUGAAUUCAUGACAAUGCGAAGAUGCUCUCAGAACUCUCAGACCGUUGAGGGC